AUGCAAGCCACAGAAUUGCCUAUAAAUAAUAAUACAAAAUGUACUUUCGCAAUCACAAGGAUAAUGAUAGGAAGUCCGGAUAUCGUCACGACAAGGCUAGCAGCGCUGAUCAUACUUCACGCAGCAAGAGCUGGAUUCGCUGCUCCAAGUGUUCUCGUCACCAGACCAGUCAGCAGGUUCUCCGGAGAAUGGCUGCCAAUGGAUAAUCAGACUUUAUACACAUUGGAAGAAGGAGAAAGUCGAAAUCUCGAACUAAACACGUCUUCGAUAUCCCAAACAGCUGUUUACAUCACCGUGAGCCCGUGCUCGCGACACCUGCAUUGGGCGUUCUAUAAAGGACCUACUGGGAGUGACAAACAACUUCAAUUAAUACAAGAGCACGGAGGCGGAGAGAUGCACACGAUAACCUUUCAAAUAUUCAAACAAGAGAGAUACGUAUUACAGCUUUCCUCGCCGAAAGGUGGUGCGGCAGCUGUCAGCGUGCGGGGCGAGGCGACAAGACACGUGCGGAUCCGCUUGCGUACUAAAUCCAAACGACGCCUGUCCGCCAACUGGGAUCCAAGUCCAAUAGAUCCUCAAUCAACGACUUACUGUGUGGUCGCAUCUCGGAGGAAAAAUUACACUUCACUUUGCGCAGCUCAAAACGAUCUCCGGAAUACAAAAACCGAAAAAGAUAGAUACUCUGAUCAUUCGCUAGAAAACCAUAAACCUAACCGUUCACAAAACAGCGGUUCAGAAGAGAAUAAAAUAGAUAUAGAUACAGACAGCAUAAGUAUUUUUGAUGGAAAUUAUAGGACUUUGUAUAGAAGAAAGAAGUUUGGUCGCAGCACGAGAGUAUCAAACGAAGAUCCACUGGUUGUUUGUAUAGGAGACAGAACACAUCACUUCAUUGAAAAUUUAGAUCCUAGCACAACCUAUUUCGUCAGUAUUUUCGGCAUUGCAAGGGAUAGACAAAUUGGGUCGUUAUUAGCAUCAGGGAGCGUUCGUCCCAGGACUUCUACUGCUAAAAGACUACGGGAAAAUGUUCCUUACAGGGCUGACAUAAAGGGAAAAAAUGUUUAUUAUUUGAAGACAACAACCAGUAGUACUUCGACUAACGCUGGUCUUUGGCUAGCUACAUCCACAUGCGGAGGUUCAGUAGACAUCGAAGUGUCUGUAAAAGGAAAGCGAUUGUAUGUGGCCAAAAAUAUAGAAACACAUUCAAAGUUUUUCGUGCCAUCACCAAUACUUUCAUCAACACAAGAAACGAGUGACGAAGGUUCUGUGCAGUUCGAUUCGAGUUCAGAGGAAUCAAAAAUAAGAUACGUUGUACGAGUAGUGCCUAACAAAUGGGCUAUAGAUGGCGCUGUUACAAUAGAGUUAAUGGCCUCAACAUCACGAUGGGGAAUGGAUACGCCAGAAUUGUCUGAUGGUGGAGUGAUAAGGGAACUACGGCCGAGAAGGUCUUGUAAAUCCGUGGACAUUGCUUUCUUACCAGCCACACAUAAUGCGACUGAUGUGAUAAGAUAUUGCAUUUCAACGAAAGAAAUAGUCGACAAGGACAUAACAAUCUGUGCGUUAACUAAAAAAUCAUCAACAAAAACACAAUGCAUAAGUCACAUGCAACGACCUCAGUCAAGAGUAAUAGUCCAGAAAGUGACUGGCUUAAAACCGGGAAGAAAAUACGGGAUUCAAGUAACCGCCGCUUCUAAAGGGAUCUCAGUGCCAUACAAUAUUCUAUAUGUGGAAACUAAUGCAACUUGCAAAGAAGAAUAG